GCCAUCAGCCCAGAGCCUGACGCGGGGCUUGAACUCACGGACUGCAAGAUCGUGACCUGAGCUGAAGUCGGGCGCUCAACCGACUGAGCCACCCAGGCACCCCUAAGCUUUUAAAUCAGUUACACUGCCGGUUAAAAUGAUCCCACAAAACUCACUCCGGGCCCAGCAAAUUUUUACUGUGAGCGCCUCCAAACAAUUAUGGAUGACAAACACCAUUGGUAUAGACAUUUUUAUAGCAAAUGCAUUCCCGUACAUUUCGUAACAAGAAUAUCACACUUUGCUCUCCCACGUACGCUUAGAUGUAAAAUAACGUAAAAAAUGGGGGCAAAUAUCUAAUUACAUUACUGCUCCUUUCACAUGCAUAAUGGGGAGGAGACAAAUAUUUCAGUAAAGAAUUCUCCCCAACAAAUUGGGGACUUAAUCUAAGCAUUGUCCCCUAAAUCUUAUAGGCAGGCCCCCAGAAUGGGGAGAAGGGCUCUGCCCCAGAGGCAAGGGGCACUGAGGAAGCAGGAGGGACUCACAGGCGUGUUUCCAUGCUUGGGGCAUGGACGCUGUCACAGGGAAAUAGAGAAGUCCAUGAAUGCUGACAUACAAAGAAAACCCAAAUCUGGGGCCAAGAGUGAAAUCUUACUUCCUUCUCUAUUUCGCUAUAUUUCUCCUCUGUGUGCAUCACCACGUGACCUUGACCUGAGCCAUGCAGAAAUGUCACAGCUGUGUUUGCACUGACAUGAGGCUGCAGAGGAGCCGGAACCCACACCCCCUGCAGCAUCUCUGGGGCCUGGGGACCCCGUGGGAGGCAGGCCAGCCCCCAAGUGGCCACACCCUGUGCUUCUGUCUGUCCUGUGGGCACUGAGGUCCCUCCGUCUGCACAGCCAGGGCCAGAAGCAGAGACGCCAUGACCCCCACCCUCACGGCCCUGCUCCUCCUCGGUCUGAGUGUGGAACCCAGGACCCAAGUGCGGGCAGGGACCCUCCCCACACCCUCCAUCUGGGCUGAGCCAGGCUCUGUGGUCCCCUGGGGUAGCGCUGUGACCAUUUGGUGUCAGGGGACCCUGGAGGCUGCAGAGUUCUAUCUGGAUAAAGAUGGACACUCAGUGCCCUGGGACAGACAACCCGCAGUGGAGCCCAGGGACAAGGCCAAGUUCUCCAUCAUAUACAUGACAGAGCAGUAUGCAGGCCAAUAUCACUGUUACUAUCGGAGCCCCGCUGGCUUGUCAGAGCGCAGUGACCCCCUGGAGCUGGUGGUGACAGGAUUCCAUGGCAAACCCACUCUCUCAGCCCUGCCCAACCCCAUGAUGACCUCAGGAAGGAAGGUGACCCUCCAGUGCACCUCAUGGAUGGGAUUCCAUAGGUUCGUCCUGAUGAAGGAAGGAGAACCCAGACCCACCUGGACCCUGGACUCCCAGCGACACACCAGUGGGCAGUUCCAGGCCCUGUUUCCUGUGGGCCCCAUAACCCCCAGGCUCAGGUGGACCUUCAGAUGCUAUGGCUAUUUCAGAAACACCCCCCACAUGUGGUCACUCUCCAGUGAUCCCCUGGAGCUCCUGGUCUCAGGAACCUCUGGAGGCCCCAGCCCCCCACCCACAGAUCCCAGCUCAACAGCUGGUGAGUCACAGUGGCAUCUGUCUAAGGGCUUUCCUUCCUGUGUUUCAGAGAUGCCAGAGCGACCACCAGGAGCAGUUGACACCACCAGCCCAUCACAAAACAAGUCAGACCACAACACUGGAUCACUGCAGUCAGAGAGGAAUCCAAGAUGCAUCCAGGAGGUAAACUCAAGAGAGAACAAUGCAACGAUCAGAAUGACAGAGUCUGGGAAGCACAUCUUAUGUGCCCAGGAAUUUCUGGAAGAGUAUGUGAGGCAUGUGCUGUGGGAACUGUCAACAUUCCCUGUUGCCCAGACCAGUCCUCAUCCUCUGUGACAUCAUCUCCAACCUCCAAGGACUUAUUCCACAUACCACACGACAUAGUGGUCAAGUAUAUAUCUUUUGUCAUUAUUUAUUUGACACCCAUAACAUUCCCAGGACUAGUAAUGAUCAGAGAACAGGAUCCAUGUGAAUUUAGCACAUACUUUAGUAUUCAUGCUUGGAGCAUUGUGUGAAAUCUAGUUAACUUUUGUAUAGAUUCCUGGCAGGAUGGAUGGAUUCAGGAUUGAUUAUAAAUGGAAAGACAGACAGAAAAGUUUACCUCUACACAAACAUACACAGCAAUCUGCAAUAAAUUAACUCAGCAUCCUC